AUGGCUAAAGGCAGAAAACAAGUAACCUCCAAAAGGGUACCGCAGGCGUCCAAGCACCUGCCCCCUCCCGCUGGCGGUGCGCAUUCACGGUCCAGCAGACGAUUUAGCAUUGUAUCCGACUCAGAAGAGUCGGAAUCGAGUGAGGAGUCGGAGGAUUCCGAUUCGGGUAGCAGUGCAACGGAGGGAGACUACCGAAUCAGCUCCGCUCGCAGACAAGUGGACGAAAUAAUAUCUAGCAGUUCCGAGAGCGACGACGAGUCGAGCUCUUCCGACGAUGACAAUGUCGAUUUUGUGCAGCUGACCAAGGAGAGAGCCAGGGCGAUGAAGGCUGCCACUCGUCACAAGAGUCCGCGCAAAAGCAGCAAGAAAGUUUCCAAAAAGGCUGCAAAAUCUGCAAGUUCUAAGAAAGGUCCUAGGGAGUCUGAGCGAGCCAUGGAAGCCGACGAGGAUGAGGAAGAGGAGCUGGAUGACGACAUUGUGGACCAGGUGUUGGAAAACGAGGAGCGCAAAUUCAAGGAUCUGGACCCGGUGGCAGACAUCCAGCUUGACAACGAGCCGGUGGAUUACGCCAACAUGAUCACAGAGGAGGAUUUGGGAGAGGAGGUGGACAUUGGCACGUUUCACGACGCCACGAUAAUCGACGAGACGGUGAGUCUGGAUGUCCCAAAGUUUGACGACCAGGAGAUCGACUCUGACGCGGACUACGAGUUUGACAAAAACGACCUGAUCCAGACGCUCCAGAACGACAACGACGAUCUCGAGCUGCUUGCUUUUGGCAAUAGCGACGACGACUACGAUUUCUUGCUGCCCGAAGACGAUCCUUAUUUCAAAGAGGAUAACUAUUUGCUCAAGGAGGAGACAGACGCUCUGGUGAACGACGUCAACGACGUGAAUGAUUACUCGUCGUCCGCAGCGACUCCGCGGUCUUCUAUCGUUGAGGAAAAUACCAACGCUACUGAAGAGGACCAGGACGACGGGCAUGUGAGGGUCAAGGAGAUGAAGCCAGAAAAGGUCAAAUAUCUUCCUGCUCCGGAGGACAGCGACGAGGACGACGAGGACGAAGACGACCUGGCAGACAUCGAUGUUUCUGCGUUCGACGACAUCUUCACCAGCGACUACGACCACUACUCCGGCAAACGCGGACAGAGCGUGGUUCCAAUGAAUGCGAUUGUAUCCGACGAGGACGACAGCGACGGCGAGAACCAGCUACUGCAGUACUUCUUUUCUUCAGACAGUAGUGCUUCUGAGAAGGAAGACGAGCACGAAAACUCGAGCGCUGAGGAGGACGCCGGCGAGAGAGACGGCGACGAGACCGACGAAGACACCUCGCUCCCUGUGCGCUCUACACGCAAGAUCGGCAGCAAGAGCGCCAAAGAGGUCCUCUCGUCGUCCAAGAACAAUUUCAGAGCGCCUGUUCUUGGAACUUUUAUCAUUUCUAAAACCCGCAAACCGUUCGGCAUUAUUGACGGCAUCUCGACGCGAUUCCUGCAUCCCGGCCAAGACAACCGAACAUCGGUGGUGAAGGGCACUCGCAUGAGUGUGGGCCACCGCCAACGCCAACGCACACAGACACAACCGAGCGCACCGCCUAUUGCGCUGGACGAGCUGCUCAAUAUCAGCGAGUUCGAGGACGAAGAGCAGGAGCAGACCACGUCUGUGGACUGGGAUCUGUUCCACGAGAGACGCGUUCCGCUCUCGGCUUUUAGGAACAAGGGUAUUGUCAACAGCACGUACUACCAGCCCCAUCCAGAUGCGACGCGCAAGUACAGCUUUGGCGACCACAGACGCAAAAAAAUGCGUGCUACGGUGGCAGCUUUGGAGAAAAAGAAAAAGAAGCGAGCCCGUGGCUCGUUCGGGGGCGAGCUGAUGAUUCCUGCCAACACGGCCAAGUCGCUGCGCAAGGCUUCGAAGCGGCUGCACAAACUGUCGAAGGGAAGAAGACAGAGCGUCGCCGAGGCCCAAGCAGAGGGCUUGAGGCCCACAAAAGGCGGGCUUUUCAGCGAGGAAAUCCUCAACGACGUGGAGGAACUGCUGGUCGACAUCGGGCACAACGAUGACGUCCGUUUCCUGUUUGGAAGCUGA